AUGGCGGUCGUGGCGGCGGUGGCGGCUCGCGCCUGGUCUGUGGCGGCGCUGACGGGCGGGCUGCGGGCGCUGAACGGCGGAGGCGGCUCCUGCUGCCGCCGGCGGUGGAAGCGGCGAGGCGCCUGGGCGGGGCUGGGGCGAGAGCUGUCCGCGGGGGUCCCGCCUCAGGCCCCCUCUCAAGCGGCUGGGGCGGGGCUGACGGGGGCUGUCCUGAGGGACGCUGUCAGGCAGCAGCAGUCAACAGAAGGUGGAGAUGGAAAAGGAACUGAUGAGCAGCAAGAGAAGAAAAAACAGAAGGAAAAUACUGCAUAUGCAAAGAAAAUGGUGCUCAGGAUAGCAGGGCUUAUGGGAGCUGGCAGCGGUAUAGCAAUUAUCUACAUCUUUGGUAGUAAUUCGGUGGAUGAGCAUGGUGCGAAGAUUCCCGAUGAAUUUGAUAAUGAUCCAGUGGUGAUUCAACAACUCCGAAGGUCAUACAAAUACUUCAAAGAUUACAGACAGAUGAUCAUAGAGCCCACCAGUCCUAAGCUGCUCCCAGACCCCCUGAAAGAACCCUAUUACCAGCCCCCGUACACCCUAGUCAUUGAACUCACGGACGUGCUCCUUCACCCUGAAUGGUCGUUAGUGACCGGAUGGCGCUUCAAAAAGAGGCCCGGCAUCGACAACCUGUUCCAGCAACUGGCGCCGCUCUACGAAAUCGUCAUCUUCACGUCCGAGACAGGCAUGACGGCGUUCCCCCUCAUAGACAGCGUCGACCCUCACGGGUUCAUCUCCUACCGGCUUUUCCGCGAUGCCACCCGUUACAUGGAUGGGCACCAUGUGAAGGAUAUCUCCUGCCUGAACAGAGACCCGGCCAAAGUGGUGGUGGUGGACUGCAAGAAAGAGGCCUUCCGCCUGCAGCCCUUCAAUGGCAUGGCGUUGAAGAAGUGGGACGGGAAUUCGGAGGACCGGACGCUCUUUGACCUCGCUGCCUUUCUGAAGACCGUUGCCUUGAGCGGAGUAGAAGACGUCCGGUCAGUGCUGGAGAACUACUCCUUGGAGGAGGAUCCGCUGGAGGCGUUCAAACGCCGGCAGUCCCAGCUGGAGCAGGAAGAGCAGCAGCGCCUCUCUGAUCUCUCGCAACACAAGAAGAAGCAGCUCUUCCUGGGCUCCUUGGCAAGCCGGCUGUGGCCUCGCUCCAAACAGCAGUGACCGUGACGCUUCCCAGCACAGCCCUGCCGCCCACAAGUGGACUUCUCAGCCGUUCCAGUGCCUGGUGGUGGGAACGGUGCCCCCCCCCCGGAGAAGGCAGUGAACGCACGGGGGGCGUAGACUUUGGCCCAAAGGUGACACGGAUCGGGGCGCAAGAGCUGGCCCACUCUCACCCUCCGCUUAAACUCCAGCAGCAAUAUCCCCUCCACGACCGAGGCAGCUGUGUGCAGCGCCCUUUCCCAAACGUUUUUCCAGAGUGGACUCUCUGGUGGCCUCGAGAGCAACCUCCUCUCUGGGUAGCCAAGGAAGUGCGCCGCCUCCUCAUCAGAGCCAGGGAAGGGGAGAGCCAGGGUGGGGCCUGCUCCUCGGUUGCUUCCGGAUCACUUUUUCACACACCGUUAUCAUGUUCUCUCAGAUUUGAGACCAGUUUGCUACUCUGUUGGGGUGAACGGAAAUGAAUGUUGGAUGUUCUCUCAAAUAAAUGGUCAUCUUUA